AUAUGACUCCCCAGCACCGGGCGGUGAUGAAUUGGAACGCAGGCGCGGACCCAGGGACUACUCCCCCUGCACAGACAUGAGCCCAUAGGGGACCUGUCUGGGUGGCCUCAGGGACAGGCGCUCCCCAAGGUGUGAAUGAAGCAGGAUGAACUGGACAGGUUUGUACACUUUGCUCAGUGGUGUGAACCGGCAUUCCACUGCCAUUGGCCGAGUAUGGCUCUCGGUCAUCUUCAUCUUCAGAAUCAUGGUGCUGGUGGUGGCUGCUGAGAGUGUGUGGGGUGAUGAGAAGUCUUCUUUCAUCUGCAACACCCUCCAGCCUGGUUGUAACAGUGUCUGCUAUGAUCACUUUUUCCCCAUUUCCCAUGUGCGUCUGUGGUCCCUGCAGCUCAUCUUGGUUUCCACCCCAGCUCUCCUUGUGGCCAUGCACGUGGCUCACCAGCAGCACAUAGAGAAGAAAAUGCUGCGGCUUGAGGGCCAUGGGGACCCCUUACACCUGGAGGAGGUGAAGAGGCACAAGGUCCACAUCUCAGGGACACUGUGGUGGACCUAUGUCAUCAGCGUGGUGUUCCGGCUGCUGUUUGAGGCUGUCUUCAUGUAUGUGUUUUAUCUGCUGUACCCUGGCUACGCCAUGGUACGAUUGGUCAAGUGUGAGGCCUACCCCUGCCCCAACAUCGUGGACUGCUUCGUGUCCCGCCCCACGGAGAAAACCGUCUUCACCGUCUUUAUGCUAGCCGCCUCGGGCAUCUGCAUCAUACUCAACGUGGCCGAAGUCGUGUACCUCAUCAUCCGGGCCUGUGCUCGCCGAGCCCAGCGCCGUUCCAAUCCGCCCUCCCGCAAGGGCUCGGGCUUCGGCCACCGCCUCUCACCUGAAUACAAGCAGAAUGAGAUCAACAAGCUGCUGAGCGAGCAGGAUGGCUCCCUGAAAGACAUACUGCGCCGCAGCCCGGGCACUGGUGCCGGGCUGGCUGAGAAGAGCGACCGCUGCUCAGCCUGCUGAUGCCACAUACCAGGCAACCUCCCAUCCCGCCCCCACCCUGUCCUGGGCCUGCCCCUCCUUCUCCCCUGAUGCUGCACAGGCCUCUACCUGCUAGGGAUCAUUUGAUCAAAACCUCCCCUCCCUCCCACUUACCUUCCUCCCAGGGCCUUCUGUCUGAGGGGGCGGAGCUGGAGGCCACCGAAACCCGUGCCCCAGGUUAUCGGGGGUGUGGGCAACUCUUGCUGCCUGUACUCUUUCCUCUUCCCUCUCCCUUUCCCUGGGACCACUGGGGACAAGAAAUGAGAUGCUCUGACAGCACCUCCAAUUAUGAAACUAAUCUUAACCCCGUGCUGUCAGAUACCCUGUUUUCUGGAGUCACAUCAGUGGGGGAGGGAAUGUGGGCAAGUGAAGUGAAGGAAGGGGUGCUGUGGACUUGUGGAAGGAGAAGGGAAGGUAACAACAACAACAAAAAAGCUUGCCAGAGGGCAAGUCUAGGGUGGGGAGUUAGGGAGGGAGAAGCAGGCAGAUAAGUUGGAGCUGAGGUUGAUCAGGGCUGCCUUUGCCUCUAGUCCCCAAGGCCUCUCUCUGCCUGAAAUGUUACACAUUAAACAGGAUUUUACAGUAAAUGAGGAGGUGGCUUGUG